AUGGGUGUUUCAGAUUUAGACAGACAAAUCGACCAGCUGAAGAGGUGCGAAUACAUCAAAGAAGCAGAAGUCAAGGCACUCUGUUCGAAAGCCCGGGAAAUCCUCGUUGAGGAAUGCAACGUGCAGCGAGUAGAUGCGCCUGUCACUAUUUGUGGCGACAUCCAUGGGCAGUUCUAUGAUUUGGUGGAACUCUUCAAGGUAGGUGGUGAUUGCCCAGACACAAAUUAUUUGUUCAUGGGCGACUUCGUGGACAGAGGCUUUUACAGCGUGGAGACCUUCCUGCUGUUGUUGGCGUUGAAGGUGCGCUACCCCGACCGAAUAACGUUGAUUCGGGGCAACCAUGAAAGUCGCCAGAUAACACAGGUCUACGGAUUCUACGAUGAAUGCCUUCGAAAGUACGGUAGUGUGAAUGUGUGGCGCUACUGCACCGAGAUCUUCGACUACCUUGCCCUGGCUGCACUCAUAGAGGAUCGCGUGUUCUGCGUCCAUGGGGGGCUUUCUCCGGCAAUCACGACAUUAGACGAUGUACGGAGCAUCGAUCGGAAGCAGGAGGUCCCCCAUGAGGGUGCCAUGUGCGACCUCAUGUGGUCAGAUCCCGAGGACCUAGAUGGUUGGGGUCUUUCACCAAGAGGCGCUGGUUAUCUCUUUGGCGGCGAUGUUGUCAGAGGGUUCAACCAUACCAACGGCAUUGAUCUCAUCGGACGUGCCCAUCAGUUAGUCAUGGAAGGCUACAAGUGGAUGUUCAAUGAGGCUCUGGUGACUGUCUGGUCUGCGCCGAACUACUGCUACCGGUGUGGAAACGUGGCUGCGAUUCUAGAGUUCGACGAAAACCUGAAGCAGUCUUUCCGAAUCUUUGAGGCUGCGCCGGCAGAUGCGCGGGGCCAGCCCUCAAGAAAACUUGUGCCUGACUACUUCUUGUGA